GAGAGGGAGUGCAAGGAGGCGGCGCUUACCGGGAGGGGCGUGGCGACUGCGUUGUCACUCACCAGCAGUUGCCACUUCUCGUGGGCGGUCCUGCGAGAAGCGGCAUCCAAUGGGAGCGGACGCUGCUCGUGUCGCCAUGGUGACGGGGCUGUGCCCAAGGAGGUUGUGAUGAUUUGACAGGUGCGUGACAAUCGGAGCUCUCUGCAAGCAUGUACGCCAAAGGCAAGAGUAGCAACGUGCCGUCCGACAGCCAAGCCAGAGAAAAGUUAGCUCUGUAUGUAUACGAGUACCUGCUGCAUGUAGGAGCCCAGAAGUCAGCACAGACCUUCCUCUCAGAGAUCCGAUGGGAGAAGAACAUCACAUUAGGAGAACCUCCGGGGUUCCUCCAUUCUUGGUGGUGUGUUUUCUGGGACCUGUACUGUGCUGCCCCAGAGAGAAGAGACACAUGUGAGCACUCCAGUGAGGCCAAGGCCUUCCAUGACUACAGUGCAGCAGCAGCUCCCAGCCCUGUGCUUGGGAACCUUCCCCCAGGAGAAGGCAUGCCAGUCGGUCCGGUCCCACCAGGAUUUUUUCAGCCUUUUAUGUCCCCUCGAUACCCUGGAGGACCCAGACCACCUCUCAGAUUACCCAAUCAGGGGCUUGGUGGUGUGCCAGGAAGUCAGCCGAUGUUGCCCAGUGGCAUGGACCCCACAAGACAGCAAGGACAUCCAAAUAUGGGCGGACCAAUGCAGAGGAUGACGCCACCAAGAGGCAUGGUGCCACUCGGGGCCCAGGGCUACGGAGGAGGGAUGAGGCCACCACUGAAUGCGCUAGUUGGGCCUGGGAUGCCAGGCAUGAAUAUGGGGCCAGGAGCGGGGAGACCCUGGCCAAAUCCUCCAAAUUCAAACUCUACUCCUUAUUCAUCUGCGUCACCAGGCAGUUAUGUGGGACCUCCAGGAGGAGGGGGGCCGCCAGGCACUCCGAUAAUGCCAAGUCCGGCAGAUUCAACCAACUCUGGUGACAACAUGUACACGAUGAUCAACACAGUCCCUCCAGGUGGCAGUCGACCAAAUUUUCCCAUGGGUGCAGGUGGUGACGGCCCAUUAGGAGGAAUGGCUGGAAUGGAGCCACAUCACAUGAAUGGCUCAUUAGGGUCUGGCGAUAUGGACAGUCUCCCAAAAAAUUCUCCGGGUAAUCUGAGUAUGAGUAACCAGCCAGGAACCCCCAGAGAGGAUGGAGAGAUGGGUGGAAACUUCCUCAACCCUUUUCAGAGUGAAAGUUAUUCUCCAAACAUGACCAUGAGCGUGUGAGGACUCGGAAAGCGUCGUGUUAAUCUGCUUCCAAGCUUUGGCAAAAAGCAAAGGAACAUGUAGUCCUGUGACUCCUCCUCACCCUCAACCCCCCACCCCCCAGCCAGGACAGAGACCCAGACCUUUGGCCCACCAUCAUCCUCACGUCCCCCGUCGUUUGUGUCGCCUCUAAAUUGCCUCAUUCUUGGCCACUGUCAGCAGUUCCUCUUCUGCAACUAUGCGAUUGUACAAAAGGAACCAGUCAAACACAUGGAGGAAAAGUGUGUGUAUAUUUGUGUUUGUGACAGCACACACACAACAUUUUAUGUCCUGACACACAGACAGCCAGCAUCCUAUUUAUUUUUAAGUUUCAAGACAAUCUGGUUGGAUGGAUGGUUAACUUCACUUUACUGUAACUGGUUGUCAACAUGGACUUGUUUUUAUUACUUUUUCUGUCAAAUCUUUCUCACAAGAAAAUUAAGGAGACAUUGAUGAUUUUUCUACAUUUUCGUCAUCUUGUGAGACGACCACCCACUCUGUGUUCUUUCAAACAGGUUGUUUCAUUUCAUGUGUAAUUCUAGCAGUCAAGGCAAGGCAAAGACUGACAUAAUGGUGUAAUGAUGUUACAUGAACAUUGAACGUAAAAUAAUUUGACUUGGGGAUUUAGUUAAGGCCCUUGCAAGUUCUUUAAACUUUGAUACCAAAUAUUGUACAAAUCAGUGGUUACUAUUACAUGUUGCUUCAUGAUUGCUGUUGCACAUGUGCCCUGCUGCAGCCUCUUUCCUUUGGGUUAAAAUAUUAAAUUAAGUAAUAAAGGAAAGGAAAAGGGCCUAGUGGUUAGCAUGUUGGCCAAACAGUCAGAAGAUCUGGGUUCAAAUCUCAGUUGGGCAUCUCUCUGUGUGGAGUGUGCAUGUUCUUUUUUCCAGGUACUCUGGCUUCCUCCCACAUUCCAAAAAUAUGCAUGUUAGGUUCAUUGGAGACUCUAAAUUGUCCAUAGGAGUGAGUCGUUGUUUGUCUAUAUGUUCCCUGCGAUUGACUGGCACCAGUCCAGGGUGCACCCCCGCCUCUCUCUUGAAGUCAGCUGAGAUAGGCUCCAGCCAGAAAGUGAGCAAGUUUCUACAUCAUGUUUUUCAAUGUUUUAUUUAUCAUGUAAAAAAAGGUCCACGAGCCUGUGAAUAUCUUCUCUCCACCUUCCUAACUGCAAAGUGUACAGCCCCCAAAUGUAGCUCCCUGUCUUGUAUGUGUAUUUGAUAUUAUAAUUCAUAUUAUUUAAGGACAAUUCUUAUUGUAAACAGGAGGAUAAUGUUGAUGAUGCGCCGUGACAACUUAACACAGAUACAGUAACUGUUAUUUGUGGUUCUUUUUGUAAGUAUGAAGCCAUAAGUGGGACUACCAGAGGAUGCAGUUGUACAUUGGACCAUGUUUGGUGACAGUAUGUUGAACUCCAUUUGUGAUGUGUUCAUUCUCGCUUUUUUUAUUCUUGUAUUAAGUUUUUGUAAAUAUACGGAGAAGUAUUUCAAUGUUUUUGAAUAUGCUGGUAUAAAGCUUCUCUUCCCUCAGCCGAA